CUACAGCUCCGUGGUCCUGAUAUCACUCGCAACACACCACCGCUGCUCCUAAACCAAAUGCAACACAACACACACGGCGAAAUGCAGACCUUUAAGAAGGCAAUCUCUUGGAAACUUUUGAUACUUUCUUACUUAUUCGUGGAGGGUUCGUGCCAAGACUUUGGUGGUGGACAGACUCAAUUUAUUUGCACGUCGGUGCCCAAAGAUAUGGACAUAUGCGCCGCUACCUUGCAAAACAGUAUGCCUGGAGAGGAUCUGAAGACCACCGUAAUGCAGCUCCGGGAGACCGUUCUACAGCAGAAGGAGACCAUUAUGAACCAAAAAGAGACAAUCAGAGAACUGACUUCCAAGUUAACUCGCUGUGAGGGCCAGAGUGCGCCUGAGCCCGGACCUGGGGGAAGGAGAAAAGAGACGGGGAUCAAAAAUACUAUGGGGGAUGUAUCAAGGGGUCCCUCGGACACUUUGGCGCAACUAUCGCAGACUUUACAGUCUCUAAAGCAGAGAUUAGAAAAUCUCGAGCAAUUCAGUCGGAACAACAACUCGGUCCAGGCGAACAGUCUGAAAGACCUGCUACAGAGUAAAAUCGACGAUUUGGAGAAGCAGGUGUUAUCCCGCGUGAACAGUAUAGAAGAUGACAAGCCUGGGCUGCGGAACGAGACGGAGCAGCGCGGUAGAGUGGAGUCGACUCUCACAUCCCUGCACCAGAGAAUCACCGACCUCGAGAAAGGUCAGAAAGAAAACAGGCCGCUGGAUAAAUUCCAGUUGACAUUCCCGUUGAGGACCAACUACAUGUAUGCCAAAGUGAAGAAGAGUCUCCCUGAGAUGUACGCAUUCACUGUCUGCAUGUGGCUCAAAUCCAAUGCAUCCCCAGGGGUGGGCACGCCAUUCUCCUACGCAGUGCCAGGGCAGGCCAACGAGCUGGUGCUGAUUGAGUGGGGGAAUAAUCCUAUGGAGAUACUCAUCAAUGACAAGGUAGCUAAAUUACCAUUCAUUAUCAACGACGGCAAGUGGCAUCACAUCUGUGUCACAUGGACAACUCGAGAUGGAGUAUGGGAGGCUUUCCAAGAUGGAGUCAUGAGGGGCAGUGGAGAAAACCUUGCUCCAUACCAUCCAAUCAAACCACAAGGUGUUCUGAUAUUGGGACAAGAACAGGAUACGCUUGGAGGGGGCUUUGAUGCUACACAAGCUUUUGUUGGAGACCUGGCGAAUUUUCAUAUCUGGGACCGGAAGUUGUCUAUUGGAGAGAUAUACAACCUGGCAACUUGCAGCAGCAAAGCGCAGAUAGGCAACGUGUUUUCGUGGUUGGAGAGCAGCAUUGAUAUUUACGGAGGAGCCUCCAAGUGGACAUUUGAGGCUUGUCGUCAACUGAACUGAACUGCAGGGAAAAGUGAAAAGCCAAUGAGAAAUGCUUGUGUUAAAGCCUCUGUUGAUAAUACGUCUGAUUUGAUAGAUAAAGAAGCAUUUAUUUCAGUAAAUGACAUCUGGAUUUGUUAUAGAUAUUGAGUACUUUAUGUGUGGACACUUACUAGAUUUCUACCUGACUAAAAUAAGACUUUGACCUUCUUGUUCAUCUUGGAUAUUUCAGUUGGAUAGUUUUGGCAUCUGGUUGGAUGCUUCAAUGUGCUUCGUUCAACUGGCCGGUUUGUUAUCUCAUGGUCUUCAGAGCAAUUGACACAUACAGGCCAGCAUAUCACCACAACGCAGUGCAGAUGCAGACAGCA